AGAUUAAGGAACUUCAACAAUAUUGGAAUACAAAAUGGGUACCAAAGAUGAAAUAGAUCCAGCCCAGGCAUUAGAAGAAAAACUGUUUAGUCGGAAUAUGGCUAUGGAUGAAAUCACUGCACACGGAGACUCGGCCGUGCAGCAGUUCUACUGCGGUGCCACCGUGUUCGUGACAGGCGGCUCCGGCUUCCUCGGCAAGCAGCUCGUAGAGAAACUCUUCAGGGCCACAAAAGUAGCAAAAAUCUUCGUUCUAUUGAGACCAAAGAAAGGAAAACAGAUGCUGGAAAGACUUCAGGAAAUGUUACAGGACCCCGUUUUCGAUAUCCUUCGAGACACACGACCGGAUUUUGUUCACAAAUUAGUACCAAUAGCUGGUGAUGUCGCUGACAUGCGACUGGGAAUCAGCGAUGAAGACUGGGAUACUAUUACACAGGAGACGGAAAUAAUAAUGCAUAUGGCUGCGACCACGAGGUUUGAUGAGCCACUCCGAGUUGCCACAUUAAUCAACGUGCGAGGAGCAAGGGAGGCGUUACUCCUCGGGAAAGCUUGCAAGAAGCUCAAGUCCUAUGUCCACGUUUCAACGGCGUACGCACAAUCAUGCGACUUUCGUAUCAACGGUGACGUGUUGGAAGAUUUCUACAAAAGUCCAGUUGACCCUGAGGCUCUCAUCAAGAUAGCGGAAACUACCGACGAAGACAGAAUUAAUAAAAUUUCUGAUGAUUUGAUAACAAAUUGGCCGAAUACGUAUUCGUUUACUAAAGCCGUCGCCGAGGAGACAGUCAAAACUUUGGGCGAAGAUAUGCCUCUCUGCAUUGUGAGGCCUGCUAUAGUGGUACCUUCAAAACGAGAGCCCAGACCUGGAUGGUUAGAUAUGUCAAACGUAUACGGUGCCAGUGGGAGUAUUCUAGGGUCUUGCAUGGGUCUCGUGCAUGCACAAUUCUUCGAUAAAGUGACCCAAUUGGGUCUGAUCCCUGUGGAUUACGUAAAUAAUACGAUUAUAGCCUCCUCCUAUGAGACUGCCAAGAGAACAGCUGAUGGAGACAAUAGCAUCAAGAUUUAUGCUAUUACUGGAUCUACGAGGAAUCCUGUGGAAUUGGGCACGAUAUUUAAAAUAAUUUCUACCGACGUCCGAAAAAUCAUGUCUCCAGCUGCCGUGUUCUACGGGUUUGCAUUACAGACGACUAAUCUUACCAUAUUCUGGAUAUAUUCCUGGCUUCUACAUCUGAUACCUGCCUACGUUGUCGAUGCCAUCUGCUUCGCUAUUGGAAAGGAGAGGAGAUUCGUGAAACUAUACAAGAAAAUGUACAAACUACAAGUAGCAUUAUCUUACUUCGCCUGCUUCGAAUGGAGGUUUAUCGACGAUAAUACUGCUAAACUCUUCGAUAGUUUAUCGGAAGCCGACAAAGCUAUUUUUGAAUUUGAUGUCAAAAAGAUCGAUUGGGGAGAAUACGUUUUGAUCUGGUAUUUAGGUUUAAGAAAAUAUGUUAUCAAAGAUGGUUUGCAAGGUACAGCGAAGGGAGUAAGAAAUCAAGAGGUUUUCAAGUACCUCUUAUGUAUUAUAGGGCCUCUGUAUAUCUAUUCUUUAUAUAAACUGCUGUAUUUUUCUUUGUUAGUGUUAUGUUAUACUGUAAGAUAUGUAUUGUCAAUAAAAUUGUUUUGAUGUA